AGAAACGUCAAUUCAGUGCAAAAUACAACAAUAAUAAACACGAUGAAAUUAAAUCGAAACGUUUUGAACGUGUAAUAAAUCAAGCCAAAAUGGAAUUAUUUAGAUCAGAGUCGUAUUAUAUAUUCGUUAGAAAUGAAUCAAGUUUAUGGUGGAACAGACUAACAGGGGCUUUCUCAGUACGAUCAGCAUGGGAUCUGUCUGAUAUUGAAGAUAUAGAAUGCCUGGGCAUCACGGAUGGGAUCGUAGGGAAGGUGGAACACUCCAAUAUAUUCGAGCCUCGUCUAAUGAUUAUAAAGGAGAGUUCUCCAGUAGGCACAAUAUAUUUCCACCACUCAAUUAAUAAAAUCAAGUCAGUAUGUUUUUUGAAUAUGGGGCCGAUAAACCAGGAGAUAGAGCUGUGCCCUUGCACGAAACACGGAUCUCUGAACCCCGUAUCGAGUUCUAAUAAGUCAUUGAAUAAGAAGAUGGGAACUAGGCUGUUUGAGAACUCUGCGUUCCUCAAUAAAACUGUUGGUGCUGUGAAGAACGUUAGCAACACCAUAAAGACGACCACGCAGCAAGCUGCUACCCAGGUAAAACAAUCAGUCAAAAAACAACGAGACCCAAAACUCGACGAGCGUUUCGAAAAACGCCUCACCGAUGAAUUAACGAAAAUCUUCGAUGACUCCGAGAGUUUCUACUACUCCCGGACCUUGGAUAUCACGAACAGUCUUCAGAGACAGUAUGAGAUAGAGAAGCUACUGGAAUCUGAGGCUGGAACUGGGAAGCCGGUGGUGGAUAUCACGAAGUGGUGGAAGCAUGUUGAUGAUAGAUUCUUCUGGAAUAAGUAUAUGCUGAAGGAUAUUAUUGCGCUUGGGAGUCCAGACUGUGACCAAUGGAUCCUGCCCAUCAUCCAAGGUUACGUGCACCUCUCACAAAUCGCCGUGGAACCGGCAGACGUGAACCCUCUGAAUACAGAGUCGUUAUCCAACAGUAGCUCGUGUGAUGAGACCUUUACUUUGGGGCUGAUCUCUAGAAGGUCGAGAUAUCAGGCUGGGACUAGAUACAAUCGUCGAGGCAUCGAGCCGGGCGGCAAAGUGGCCAACUACGUGGAAACUGAACAGAUUGUGUCCAUCAUAUGUUCUGAUAGCAUACACCGAGCUUCCUUUGUGCAGGUGCGUGGUUCCGUGCCUAUAUUUUGGAGUCAACCCGAGUACAAGUUCAGGCCACCGCCACGUCUUGAUCGAACCGAAGACGAAUCUCACUCAGCCUUCAAGAACCAUUUCAAAGAAGAGAUAAAGACAUACAAAAACGUUUGCAUAGUAAACUUAGUGGAGCAGCAAGGCAGAGAGCGCAUCAUAUGGGAGGCGUACGGUAACCACGUGCUGCGGUACAACAGCCCUGACGUCAUAUACGCUACCUUCGACUUCCAUGAGUACUGUCGAGGCAUGCAUUACGAAAACGUGAGCAUACUGAUCAACGCGUUAGCCGAGGUGAUAGGCGAAAUGCGUUUCUGUUGGCGCGACGACCGCGGCCUCAUAUGCACGCAGAACGGCGUCUUCCGAGUCAACUGCAUCGACUGUCUCGAUAGAACUAAUGUUGUACAGACGGCCAUAGCGAAGUACGUGCUAGAACUGCAACUGUGCCGCUUGGGGCUGGGCACCCCGGGCUGCGGCCUGCCGCCCUCCCUGCGCCAAGCCUUCCUCACCAUGUGGGCGGACAACGGCGACGUCAUCUCGCGACAGUAUGCCGGCACUAAGGCUCUGAAGGGCGAUUACACAAGAACGGGCGAAAGAAAGUUCACAGGACUCAUGAAAGAUGGCGUUGCGUCCGCAAACAGAUUCAUCAUCCGCCAUUUUAACGACGCCAUAACUCAAUGUGCCAUAGACAUUUUGCUCGGACAGCAAGUCAAUAUGGCUACCGUCGAAACUUACAACAGUUUUUGGCGGGAUUUUAAGACAGCGUCAAUGAUGGUUUUCGAAAAUAUGGACAGUGAAAGGCCAAAGUUAGAAAUGAUGCCGAGUUACUUUGGUCACACGUUGACUAGCGAACUCUUGGGCGCGGAAAUCGCUUACGGGAUGGGGAGAUAUUACUUGUCAACGUUCAAAGACGCUCUCCGUCAAGUCGCAAUAGACGUGAUGACGGGCGAGUCUCGGUCCAUACCGGACCAGUUGAUAGUGCCUGAAGGCGGACGCUGCACUUCUGUCAAGGUUCUUAUGUUCAAUGAUCAAGCGGAACCGGAUACGGCGGCGAUGGCUCAACACGUCAAAUCGUUGAUCGACGACUGCAAGAAAUUGCUCGUUGACACAGAACCUAUAUUGGGCUCCUGGGGAUUGAUUGAUGCGGAUCCCAAUACUGGCGAUCCUCACGAAACGGAAAUGGACAGCGUACUAGUACUAACAAGCGAGGCGUACUACGUGGCCGACUACGACGAGACGUCGGACCGACUGCUCGGAGUGCAACGAGUGCCGCUGCGGGAUGUCACCGCUAUAGAACUCGGACCUUUUGACGCUAAUUGUACCACGAUAUUCAACGUGGGCCGCAAGAACUCGUCGGAGGCGAUCUACUGCAUCCGCAUCAGCUACUCGUGCGGCGGCGAGGCGGGCUACUUCCACAUGUUCCGCUCCACCACGCUGCGCUUCUUCAACAACAUGGCGGUUGUCAUCAACACUAAGGACGAGAUGAUAGAAUCUCUUCACUCGAUCUGCGAAUCGUUGAUGGUCGCCCGCGACGUUGCCAAACUUCCGCCGGUACCAUUCCACGACGGAGUUAAAUUGGAGAAGAAGAAAUCUAAGGUCCACCCGGGACAGACAGGUAACGCCCGUUCGUCGCUAUACCUGGACCUGUCUCGCCUACCUACACUCACGCGCAACGUCAGCGAGACGCAACUCGUCGCCGAUAUACGCAGUGUUGGAUCCAAAGCCCUGACCAACAUGACGGAACAAUUCAGCAAGUUGAACAAACUGAGUCACUCGCUAAACGCUCGCGCGCGUCCUAGUCUUCAGCUCAAAUUCGACCAGAGCGCCUCUCGAACCAAAAAGAUCUUCACACUCGGACAAAAUAAGGACAACAAGAAAAAAGGCAGCCUUUCUGACGGCAUGAGCUCCGACUAUUCCUCGGACGACGAAAAUAGAACUAACAUCUUCGAACCGACCCUAGAUAAUUUCGAAAACACCCAACAUUAUAUUGGAAAGCCGGGACAGAAAACUGACGCGGAAAACGACUGCGAAUUAAUCCAGAAUCCUUUGUAUUCUUCUAAAAUUGAACCGCAUGAUACACAGGUCUUCAUUCCUUCAGAAAUAGUGACUAAUGUUGAGAAACAAGCUUCUAAGACCCCUAGUAACGUGAACAAAAUCAAUCCGUUUAACAUUGACGCUUCUAAGACCCCAGAAAUUCACGUAGAAGGGGCUUUCUCGAAGCCAGCCCCGCCGAAUUCUCUCGUCUUAUCUCAGAAGCUUUCGCAUAGCUCCAACGAGUUAAAUUUCGAUGAUACGCAGUCAGAAGGGGCUAAUUUCCACGUCAGGUCGAAUUCUCAGCAUGAAAUUACACUGAAUAUAGCUCAGUCGCAUAGUGAGUCGGCUAUAAGGCAGUUUAAGAACAUUACAAGUCCUGUUGGAAGCGCUACAAAGGAGAUGGUACUCUCGCCUUUGACAAAGUUGGCUAAGGGAGUCCAGAAUCUUGGCGCUAAUUUGGAUCCGAGGAAGAUCAAGGCUGCACCCGCAGUAAAGCAAAUAACCGAACAGCAAUACGAGGAACACAGAAAAUUGCAGGAAAAAUGGCGCGGUUGCAGCACCAGACUCGUCGCGCUCUAGAGUUACCAUCACCAACACAGUGUUGCCAGGUGAAAAUAAAUUCCCCCAUUCUUGUCCAAAAAAGCCGCAUACCCAGUGAUAAUAUCUUUUUAAUUUAUUUCAACUUUGUGUGCACAAUUUUGUAUUUAUAUGUCGUAGACUUAGUCUGCAUUGUACAGUUGACUCGUAGAUCGCGUAUUAUGAACGUUUUCAAACCAUUCAGUAUUUAGUAAAGUAAUUAAUGUAGAGUGUUAAAUGAUACGAAUAGUUUGCAGGGUUGAAACGUACGGUCCUUUAGUGCUAGGAAGUGUUUUGUAAGACAGUUUAUGGUUAAAUACAUCUUUGUAACUAUUAUGGGAGGAUAGCUAGCUCUAUGGCAUAUGUUUUUUUAUUGCGUUAUACUUGUAUUGCGUGGGCAAAUAUUACACAAAGUAAUCAGUUUGCAACUAAUGAUUUCCUGCUAAUAUUUCUAGUAUUCGUUUUUUAAGUAAAUUAAACUGACAUGUUUCAUUUUUAUGGAGUGAACACCUCUAUUUUAUUAUCAUAUAUUUUUAAACAUUUAACUUAAAUUAAAAUUAUUUUGCACUAUGAACUAGCUAUUCUCUCUAAGUAGUAUUUUUAUAUUCGUCUCACACUGUUAAAUCUUCCUAUAAAAACUAAAAGCAUGCUUUGAUUACCUCAAUACCGAUGUAUUUUCUUCAUCACAUUUUAUAUGAAACUAAAACAUGCUUCAUAGAAAUGUUACAGUUUUUGAGAGCCAGAGCUCUAGCACAUAACUCAAAAAUAAGCGACUGCAGUACAAGACCUGUACUGUACUAUAAGUUUUCACGAAAUUUACUAACUGAUGGUUUUUGGAAUAACAUUAUUAUGAAAACAUAUAAAUAAACUUAUAACAGCAA